GGCAGCACGGUCACUCCUCUCGUUGACUCGCAGGACGAGAGGUGCAUCUGGGGCUGGCAGAUCGAAGACAAGAAGGGGAAGAAACCCUCGAAUUUUCGACGUGAUUGAUCUCAGCUCAUCCAAAGAUCUCGAGUCAUCGGAAGCUGCACGUCUUUUCCGCAUCCUUGUUCCCUUGCAGCUUCGAUUUUGAAUCGAUUUCAAGAUUUCCAGCUCCUUUUCCCAGAAAUUUUGAACUACGGAUUGGGGAAUCGCGGAAAGGCUUGAUCUUUGUCCAGUUUCGUGUAGGAAUCCAACCUUGUCGAAGGGUUAUGGCCCGAAGGCCGUGGUUAAAGUUGCUGGUUUUGAUUGGAUUGUUUGCCUUUUCCGAGGGAAGAGAAAUUAAACUUGCCGAUGAGGAUGGGGCUUCUCUCUACAACCGUACUCUAGCUAAGAUGCUCGUGGAGUAUGCUUCUGCUGCUUACAUCACAGAUCUGACGGCACUAUUCACAUGGACCUGCUCAAGGUGUAAUGAUUUGACGAAGGGGUUUGAGAUGCUAGAACUGAUUGUUGAUGUCCAGAACUGCUUACAGGCAUUUGUGGGAGUUGCUCAUGAUCUGAAUUCCAUCAUUAUUGCAUUCAGAGGCACCAUUGAAAACAGUAUGAGGAAUUGGAUUGAGGAUUUGUUCUGGAAGCAACUUGACUUGAAUUACCCAGGUGUACAAGGUGCAAUGGUGCACCAUGGGUUUUAUUCUUCUUACCACAACACUACUCUGCGUCAUGGGAUUCUAAGUGCUGUUCGAAAGAUUAAGGAGUCAUAUGGAAAAAUCCACAUAAUUAUUACAGGGCAUUCGUUGGGAGGGGCUCUGGCAUCAUUUUGUGCACUCGAUCUUACUGUCAACCAUGGAGUACAAAAUGUUCAGCUUAUGACCUUUGGACAGCCUCGCAUAGGAAAUGCUGCUUUUGCCACCUACUUCAACAAACAUGUUGCAGAUGCAGUUCGUGUGACCCAUGAGAAUGAUAUAGUGCCACACUUGCCACCAUAUUACUCCUAUUUCUCACAAAAGACAUACCAUCAUUUUCCAAGAGAGGUAUGGCUUCGUGACAUUAAAGUGGAUGGCCUAGAAGACAUGGUGGAGAAGAUUUGUGAUGAAUCUGGAGAAGACCCUUCUUGUUGCAGUAGAUCUGUUUACGGGAGAAGUAUAUGGGACCAUCUUAAGUAUUAUGGUGUCGAACUACAAGCUGAUACAUGGGGCUCUUGUAGAAUGUUGAUGGAUAAUAGUGUUCUACAAUACUAUAUAGAGUACAAUGGUGGCAUCAUCUUGUCCAGGGAUCCUUCUACUCCAUCACAUUUGAAACUAAAUUCACCUCCAGAUACCAGUCGCAGCACCAUGUAGAAUUCAUUCAUCGGUAAAAUAUCCCAACCAAAGCUCGUAAAAUAGGUGUUGAUGGCUAUAUGCCUGUAUAUAGUGGACAUCAUCAAGUUCAUUGUGUUCAUGGGAAGAAUGUAUAUAUGCACCCCCUUUUGAACCAAUGUGUUUAAGGUAAAUAUUGGUUGGUGUAUCUUAAUGUUUAAUUUAAUAUGAAGUUGUGCUUGCAAAGGAA